AUGCCUAGUAUGAAUGUAACCAUGUAUGUUUCAGUUGCUGACAUCAUUGACGGGAAAAUAUAUGUAACUGGAUACUGUAACAACCCAACGAAGAUGGUCAUGCCGGUGUUCGAUACAGAAACAGAAAUGUGGGAGCCUAAGAAGACAACGCCAGAGACAAUGAGUAACCACCUGUGGCCUGGUGAGUGUGUGGUUAUGGCUGGCAAGAUGUACAUGAGGGAUCAUAUUAACAGCUUUGUUUAUAUUUACGAGCCAAAGGAAAGUAAAUGGGAGACGGACAAGAUGCUGAAUAAGUUCAAGUGGAAGGAUGCGUGUGUCGUUGAUGACGUAUUGUAUUACUACGAUUCUGUUUCGGCGAUGCUGAGAGCUUAUGACCCAAAAGAGAGUAGUUGGCUAGUGGUGAAUGGUUUGAAAGAAUUGUUGGCUGAGGCGAGAUAUUCAGUCUGGUCGUAAACUGGGAGCUACGGUGGGAAACUGGCUAUGUUUUUUCCGAAAACAACAGGUAGAACAAAAGCUAUCUGGUGUGCGGAGAUUUCGCUAGAAAGACGUCGUCAAGGAAAGGAGAUUUGGGGUAAAGUUGAGUGGUGUGAUGAUGUUUUGGUUGGUGGUGAUUUUUACGUUAAAAAAUCUCUAGAUGUUAUUGUUUGA